GGUUUGACUACGAGAUUGAACACCGUAGUUCAACACAGCAUUGUAAAGCAGAUGGAUUGUCCCGUCUACCUCUAGCGACAACUGAAGAGGAAGAAAAUCCGUCUGUUGACCCGGUUGAGGCAUUUCAUGUGUCGCAGUUCAACAUGUUGCCUGUCACUUGCCAGCAUGUACGCAAAGAAACCCACUGAGAUUCUACCCUCGCCCAAGUAUAUGAGCAUGUCAUGAAAGGCUGGCAUGAAAAUAAAGACCCCAACCUGCAACCGUUUUAUUCUCGAAGAAACGAACUAACUGUGCACCAAUAUGGGGGAGCAAAGUUGUUAUUCCCACAAAGUUACGAAGCGAAGUACUACAAGUAGUGCACGAAAGUCAUGUUGGUGUGGUUAGAAUGAAAGCUCUGGCUAGAAGUUAUGUUUGGUGGCCAGGAAUUGAUUUGGAGAUUGAAGGGCUCGCAAAAGGAUGCAGUGGUUGCCAGCGGGUUCAACAUGCCCCCAAAUACUCACCAUUACACCCAUGGGAGUGGCCAUCUACCCCCUGGCAACGUAUUCAUGUCGAUUUUGCAGGACCAUUCCUUGGAAUGUUGUUUUUAGUGAUUGUUGACGCUCAUUCAAAAUGGCCAGAGGUAAUAAUCAUGCACUCGAAAACAUCCACCUCCAAAACUGUCGAAGCCCUGCGAACAGUGUUUGCUCGAAAUGGGUUACCAGAACAACUGGUUAGCGAUAAUGGCUCUCAAUUCACUGCAGAAGAAUUCCAGCUGUUUCUAAAGAAAAACGGAGAGAAAAACAC